AUGGAGGUGGACAACGACAAUGAGGCGCUCUCCAAGAUUGCGUGCGGCGCCCCCGUCCUAGAAGGAUCAUGGCCUACGCUCCGAGCCGACAUCUUGUCGCGCCUAGACAAGAUUGCACACAAUGACUUCACGGUCCCGACUCUCCCGCAUCUCCCUCUUCGACCUCGCCUCCUCUCCCCGCUCCCGUCGUCAUCGCCCCUCGAGCAGUCGUCCCAAGAAGCAAACAAGGAGAAUGAGCCGGCAGAGGGCAAGGCUCCCGAGGCGGCUACCCAAGCCGCGCCCAAAUCCCCCGCGCCGGGCGAAUUGCCCGCGCAGAUCGCCGACCUGCUCGCCGGCAUCAAGUCCCACCUCGAGACCUUUACCACCUACGCGCCGCACACCAUCCAGCGCCUCGCCGAGCUCGUCAUCAGCCCGCGCGCCCACUACAAGGCCCUCACCUCUUACCUCCACGCCGUCGACAGGGUCGUCCAGGUCACGUCCGGCACCAACAUCUACCCGCUGCCCCCCGCGGUGCCGGACAUGUCCGCCAUGAGCGGUCCCGCGGGCCUCGCUAACGGCGAAGAUGGCAGCGGCGCUAGGGACCCUGCGGCGACGGUGGCGUGGAGCAACCCGACCACGGCGCCCCUCGGGUCCGACGAGGCGCUCGGCGGCGCGCUCCUGACGCCGAUUCCCUGGCUGACGCGGCGCAGCCCCGAGAGCAGCAACGGUGACACGACGCCCGGAGGGAGCGCGCAGAUUCACAGCGAGGGCACCGAGACGAUCGACGGGCCUAACGGCAUGGGAAGUAUAGAGACCGUCUCCGUUAGCGUGAACGGCGUACCGUCAACGGGACACGCCAGGGGCGUCACGCAAGGCGAGCUCUUGCGGCAAGAGCAGAGAGCAGGCGUCGUACCCGUCAGCCAGCUCUCUCGCGGUCCAGGCGCCGGCGGCCCCAUGGGUGGCAAUCAGGAAGGCCCCAGCGAGGAGGACCGCAAUAUGGAGGGCAGCGGCGCCGGCGAGGAAGACGAGGAGGAGGAAGAGACGCCGCACGCGCGUGGCCCGGAGGAGAUUGGUGUGGGCGACACGGGACCUCAGGCGCCGACGACCAGCCACAUGGGCGAGGAUGGCGUCGAGAUGCAGGGCAUCGACGUCGCCGCGGCGCUCGGCCGCCGACAGGAGGACGACGAAGUCACGCACCCAAGCACUGCUGCUGCCGCCGCCACCGGCGAAACCACGCCCGAGGAGGACACGGACAUGCGCAGCCCCGGCGCGGACAGCACGGGCACGAAGCGCGAGGCCGAGCAGCCGCUCGAGGGUGCGUCGCCUAAGAAGCUCAAGGAGAGCGACGCGGAUGACGUCGACGAUGACCGCGAUGACGCGACGAGCACCACCGUGCGCGAGGGCGAUAACACUGCCGAUGAACAGGCUGCCUCGUCGGAUGAUACUCUCUCGGCCGCCACCCUCGAAAAGGACGAUGGGUGGACAAUAGUGUCUGAUCCGGCGGACACUGCGCGCAGCGACGCAAUGGACGAGGAGCCAUAA